AUGACAACCCCGCAGUCCGACACCUGCCCAAUCUGCAAGAAUCCGUUCGCCCUCACCACCACCGACCGCAACCUCCUUGCCACCGAGCUAGUCAAUAAUGGCUACAAUACCGAGAAGGUCAACGUCGAGCUCGACGUCCUCGUCAAGCCCCCAUGCGGCCACGAAAUGGGCCUGUUCUGCUUGCAACGCUGGAUCAAUCUGGGACACACCACCUGCCCGUACUGCACGCUCACAAUGCUCAAUGAUACUAAAGAGGACGCCUUGUUCGAAUUCGUACAGCCCGAUCACAUAGGCUUCUACCAAGGAGACGAUGAGUUGAUGCAGGCGGUUGAUAGGGUGCUGAAGACCUACCACAAGCAAGAGCGCCUGCCGACCUGGUGGGAUGGGGUCGAUCAACAGCGUGGCGAGUUUUUCAUACAGCGACAUCGGAGAACGCGCUGGCGGUAUCGGUCGGUGGUGCUGGGCGUGGUGCUGGGCAUGGUUCUCGCGGGGGUUGCGGCACUGUUUUGGGACUAUGGAUCCAGGAUGGCUAUGGUGGCGGUUGCUACUACGGGACUGUUGCUUCACAUAGCACUUAUUGUGAUGUAG